GUGUGGUGAGAGAAUUGGGGAAAGUGGUGUGUGUUGCUUGGAGUGGAACUGAGCUGCUCAUGGUUUGCCCACCGUCGUAUAAAAGUCGAAGACAUCCAUUGAGGCACCAUCAGUGAACUUGCUGGUUUCACACACGGCACACAAAACGGAUUAAUUCUCCUACUAUGAGACUUUUGGGUAUCGCGUGUCUCUGUGCCCUGGUGCUCUUGGCCCAUGCCGAGGAUGCAAAGAAGGUGACGGAGGCGGACAGCAAGCCUGCAGAGAGUGCUGCUGAGAAGAAGCAGGACAAGCGCGGUCUGCAUGGCUUUGGGUCUGGCUAUGGAUCCCAUGACUUUGGCGGUGAUUUCGGUAGCCACGGCGGCUUCGAUGGUGGCCACGACUUUGGUGGCUACAGCGACGGUGGCCACGAUUUCGGUGGCCAUGAAUCCCAUCAUCAUCACGAGAAGACCAUCACAGUGGUGAAGAAGGUCCCCGUCCCAUAUCCCGUCACCAAGCACAUCCCCGUACCAGUGGAGAAGCAUGUGCCAGUGCCAGUGAAGGUUCCUGUUCCCCAUCCCUACCCAGUGGAGAAGGUGGUCCACUACCCAGUCAAGGAAAUCGUCAAAGUACCAUACAAGGUGCCCCAACCCUACCCAGUGGAGAAGAAGGUCCCAUACCCAGUUCAUGUGCACGUUGAUCGCCCAGUGCCUGUGAAGGUCUUCGUGCCACAGCCAUACCCUGUGGAGAAGAAGGUCCAUGUUCCAGUCAAGGUGCCCGUGCCAGCUCCAUACCCAGUUGAGAAGAAGGUCCACUACCCCGUCAAGGUGCCCGUGCACGUCCCCAAGCCCUACCCAGUUGAGAAGAUCAUCCAUGUGCCCGUGAAGGUGCACGUUGAUCGCCCAGUGCCUGUUCAUGUGCCCAAGCCCGUGCCUGUGCACGUUGAGAAGCCUGUCCCAUAUCCAGUUGUGAAGAAGGUCCCAUACCCAGUUCAUGUGCCCGUUGACCGACCAGUCCCCGUUCACAUUGAGAAGCCUGUGCCAGUUCAUGUUAAGGUACCCGUGCCCCAUCCUUACCCAGUUGAGAAGCACAUCCCCUACCCAGUUGAGAAGACCGUGCCCUACCCCGUCAAGGUGCCCGUUGAGCGCCCCGUGCCCGUGCACAUUGAAAAGCACGUCCCUGUUGUGCACACCAAGCAUGUGCCCUACCCCGUGAAGAUCCAUGUGCCCGUGCACCAUGAGGAGCAUCAUCAUCACCACGAAGAUGGUGGUCAUGGACUGUCUUCCCACCUCUCAGACCACACCCUCGACUUCGGAGGACACGGUGGAGAUCUCGGUGGGCACGGUGGUGAUUUCGGAGGUCACGGUGGGGACCUCGGAGGACAUGGUGGAGACUUUGGCGGUGAUCAUCAAGGUUUCGAGGAUCACGGUCUGUCCGGUGGCUAUGAACAUCAAGAACAUGGACACCAUGACUUCGGAUCGCACCAUUAAGGCGCUAUCAAACAAUUGUGAUUUUGUCAACUUGUCUUCUUCAUCAACCCCCCACCCCCACAUACCUCCCCUGCCUUCGCAUACAUCGCCUCUCCACACCUCAGUACCUAUUUAAUUGAUCAUCGAGACCAUCUUUCGUUCGAAUUUCGCGUACAACCAUCGACUGUGUGCUGCAAAAGCGAAGAAACAAGUCCACUUUUUUGUGUAAAGAAAAAUAAUUUGUAAAACUGUUUUUUUGUAUAAUAGUUACUAUAAAAUAGUAUUUUGUUUUUUGUAAUAAAACAAGACGCUGAAAAUACCAAAAAAAAA